AUGUGGAAAUUUUGGAGAAAACGUGUGGUCAAAUACGAGAAAGUGGGUAAAGUUAAUUGCAGGGCAUGUGUAGAUAAAAAAGUCGUUUAUUUUUAUCAUGGAUAAGGUCCAGGAAAAAUUAUUUUUCUCAUCUAAACGAAGGUCAUUUUAUGCUUUUCUUUUUUGAACAAGUUAGUAAGGCCUUUAAUCUUGCUUAGUAAAGGUUUUUAAAUCAAGAAAAUUCCUAUUCUCAAGCCGAAAACCCGAUUAUAUUACACAUGCCCGCUAAAUUGAUAUUGUCGCGUAAAUCUUCUUAGAAGCGAUUUUAAUGUAUAGUUUAUGUUUGGAGACUGAACACCUUGCUUAUUCUGUAAAUAUUUAUUUUGUUCAAAUUUCCAUUUCCAUCUUUUUAUGCGAUUGCAACAUUAUUUCGUAAUUUUUAGAAUUGUGAAACAGAAGGUCAAAACGGACGCUUGAUACGAAACGAAAACAUCCCAACGUAUUCUCAUACGUUAGUUGAAGGUGAAACGUAAGUAUUUAGGUUAUUUUUGCUUUGAGUUUUAGGUGUCUCGUCAUGAAACUUUUUGAUAUUCCACUAGACGAAAAUGCUCAUAAAUUUAUACUCAGUUCCUCGAAAUCACUCUAAUUUUGCUUUGAUAGGCACGGUUAUAGUGCAUUUUUGCUUUUGGAAAAUUACUUGACCACUUUCAGUCAAAACUUUGCACAGAAUCAAAGUUUUUGGACCCCUCAACCUUUUGACUUUGGCCAGAAUUUUCUAAGCGACACGUCGCAGCCCAGAGGCUACAGCCAUCAACGCCAACAUUCCAUAGCGACUGCCGAGCCGUUUAUUGACUUCCAACCUCAAACCAGUCAAUUUGGCCAAUUCCAGCCAGCGGUUUCGGCCAAAGCCAACGGAUCACAGCUAGCUCAAUCUCAGAGUUUUAUUGGGCAGAGACAGGUAUGAAUUUCGAAUCAUAAUGUGUGGUUGGAGCCUUAAGAAGGUUAAUGAUGAUGUUUGAGAGGUAUCGGAAGAAAAUUUUAUAUUAUACUAGACAUCAGAUGCCAAGUGUAAUAUAAUUUCUCCAAAAUGUUGGCUUAGUUUUACAUAAAAUCUUUGUUGAUUAGUAGCCAGUUCCUUAAUCUACAUUAUAAAUCAAUUUGGCGACCUCCCCAUCCAUCUGAAUAGUAGUUUUUAUGAAAAAACAGGGCUUUCACCCCGGAAAAAAUCGGCCAUUGACCAGCCCGAUCGGUCUUUGUGGUCAGAAUGAGAGAGGAGGAAGCUGAGUGGAGAGCAGCUGGAGGUCAGAUCGGCUUUUUGAAAGCGAUCGAAAGCCCCCGCUCGACUUGUCUUUGUCUAAAAUAUGGUUUUAAUGCGGGAUUUUUGGAAAGUUUUGGGGAUUUUUACGGGUUUUCAGGGAUGAUUGUGAGAUUUUGGAGGGUCUUUGGGCUAUUUGACUGUAUGUUGUUUGCAAAUUUCGAAGUUGCUAUUGUAAUCGUGAUUUUUUUAUUUGAUUUUUAAUGGGUUUUUGAAUUUAAAAUGCCAUAUUCUUUGGUGAAAUGCCUUUGUUUAGGAUUUUAGUCCAAUAUUAAGUCGUUUGGUUGGAUUUUACAGCCAAAGUUUAUAUUACUUUAGCCGUUUUUGGCAAAAUUUUAAAAAAAUAUGUGUUGUCAUAUACAGCUCUUUGCUGAAAUUGCCGCAAUCUGUACCUGAGGUUAUCUCUUUUCACCCAAUUUAUCAGAAAAAGAGACAACGGGCUCAGGGAGAGAUGUUCGGACAACAAAUUAUAUUGUAGUAGAUGAAGGUCUAAAGUAAUAUAAAAUUUGGUCCAUAAACUGUCGUAGUAGAAGCUAGUAGAAGAUAUCAGUGAAUUCGAAUAGUUGAUGACACAGUUGAGACUUUUUUAGGCGGAGAAUUUAGUUAUUCUUCACUUUAAUUAUAGCUAAUAACCCGAAAAUUAGUGGUUUCAUAGUAAAAUAAUGAUGUAAUAGAUGAAUGCAUGAUGAUUUCGUACUCUAUAGAGGACAAUUGGACUAUUUAUACCGGUAAAAAUAUAUAUUUUUUUGAACUGAAAAUUUUUAUUUUUCAAAAUUUGAACCAAAAAUAUUAUCCACAUUUUUUUUUCAAGAUGCAAUGUUAAUAAUGAGCAAGCCGAAAGCCCGCAAAGGUCGUGCUCGCUCGUUUAAGAAAUGAAAUUGAAACAAACAGGGAUUUAGAACGUGACAUUCGAGCCCUUACACAUGCUGAUUACAUUUAAAAACGGGAGAUUACAGUCCGAAAACUGGGCACGAAAACGUUUUGACAAGAACAUUAAAGCGAUAACAUGUGAUUAAAGAGGGUCUUAAGUUUGAAAAUGCAGGACAAAGGUAUUAUGGUCCAUUUUUGGAGAUCCUGAUACAAAAUGGAUAAAAGAAGGUGAAAUUUGAUGAAAAACAAGUGUUUUGUGAUAAAAUGGGGACUAUAAUUUUGUUUUGAUAAUAGUUUGGUUCUGGGAAAUGAAUAUGAAGUCAUGAGUUUUGUGGAUUUAGCUAAAAAACAUCAGAAAAUUUGUCCUAAGGCGUUACGGCCUUACGCUUAAGGUUUUGAUGAUUUUUAGGCAAAGAUUCAUCGUUUUUGGAUCUUACAGAUGAAUUUUUGUUGGUAAAAUACGUUGAAUUGCUUUUUUUGAACACAAAAAUUGACGUCGUGAUAAGAAUUUACUAACUUUUUAUAUUAUUUUAGCCAACUGAUGGCCCAAAAAUGAAAAAAAUUACUAGAAAUAUAAAUAUUGUUGGAUUUUUUUGUCAAAAUCAAAGUUAACCGCAAAUUACAGUGACGGCCCUGAUCCAGCGGCAAAAAACGUACCAUUUUGCAUUCGCGAGGCAUCAAAAAAGGUAGCAAAAUGUCUUCCUCUCCAAUUAAAAAGCUCCUUUUUGAAGAGCGCGGUUUUGAAAACGGAGUUCUUUCAGAUGGAGAGGAAGGCCUUUUUCUACAUUUUUUGAUACACCCCGGAUGCAAAAUGUACGUUUUUUUGCCACUAAAUCAGGUCCACCACUGUAAUUUGCAAUUAAUUUUGAUUUUGACAAAAAAGUCUAACACGAUUUAUAUUUUUGGUGAUUUUUUUUUCAUGUUUGGGUCAUCAGUUGGCUAAAAUAAUAUAAAAAGUUGGUAAAUUCUUGUCAGAACGCCAAGCUUUGUGUUCAAAAUAGUCGUCCAAGCUCAAUAUUUGACAGUAAAUUACCUUGAUGUUUUGCCGCGAAGACAUGUAAAUCUAAAGGUUCAUGACGCAAUGAAGCCUUCAAGUAUUUGGUACACCCUGUAUAACAUCUCUGCAAAAUGAAAUGACACAAAAUCCCUGAAAGUUUAAUGCACAAGUAUAGGACUAGCUGCAAAGCGCAUUAGAAUAUUCCAAAACGAACGGAUUUUAGGGUUGUAAAACAUAUUGGAUUCAAGUUUGGGAUUAAUUUGGCUGAUUGUUUGGGGGUUUUCGGCGGAAAAUGCGUUACUUUGAUUUUUUUGGAUGGCACGGAGUAGGUUGAAGGCCUUUAGUUGGAAAUUAGUUUAUUUUUAUUGAGAAAUGACUGAAGUUUGACCGGUAAAUUUAAGGAAAUAUGCUUUUUUUGCCAUGGAUAAUAUAAUUUUGUGGGAUUUUUGUUUAGUCCAUGGUAUUAUUUAACCUGAUAUGGGAUGAAAAGGUUAGAUAUGGUCCGAAAAGUCUAUUAAUUUUUGGUAUACCCCUUAUUUGGCGUAAUUGUGCUUAUUUUUGCACAUAUAGCGCGGAACAGGAUCCAGUGUUCAAAAGUGCUUAUGAUUGCGUCCGGGAGGCAUUCGGAAUACCACUAAAUACCUCCCUCUCUGUCCGAAAAUAGCGUUGUUUUCGAGAGUGAACGAAAAAGUUGCCCUUUUGGAAAGAAAAUAGAGGGAACGAGGCAUUGAAUUCGUCCCCUCUUUCCAAAAGGGCAACUUUUUCGCUCUCUCUCUCAUUCGAAGAACGCUAUUGUCGGUCAGGGAGGGAGUUAUUUAGCGGUAUUCUGAAUGCCUCGCUGGUGGAAUCAGACGCACUUUUGACCACUGGAUCCUGUACCGCGCUGUAUGUGCAAAAAUAUGCACGAUUACGCCAAAUAAGGUGUAUAUCGAAAAUUAUUGGACUUUUCAGACCAUAUCUAACCUUUUCAUACCAUAUCAGGUUCAAUAAUGCCAUGGACUAAACAAAAAUCCCACAAAAUUAUAUAGAAGAGGGAAGCAUUUUGUAGCAUUUUGAAUGCCUCGCGGGUGGAAUCAGACGCCCUUUAUAGCGCUGGCUUCUGUCCUGCACUAUACUUAAAUUUUGAAAAAAAUGAAUAUUUUUGAAAUUUGCAGCAAUCCCUUCCCGAACGUUCAGUCCCCUACUACUACGUCGACCAUCCUCCCCCACCCAAGCAUCCCCAUCUGCGAGGAAUGUCCACCUCUCAGGUCGCCUCCUCAUCCCAUUUGAGGGCCAAAAAAGACGAUCACUCCGCAUUUCCGUCAACCUCCAACCCCCAAAUGCUCUCGUCUCAACAUCCGAUGGACGUGAGCCAAGCGGAGCCGAAGAAGAAGGAGAUUUACGUGUACUCGUCCCCGUUCAACUUGUAUGGAAUGGCCUGGUCCACCAGGCCGGAACCCGAAAAUAAGUUCAGAUUGGCGGUCGGAAGCUUCAUCGAGGAGUAUAAUAAUAAAGUAAGGGGUCUGGAAAUCUAUUUAUAAGCAAUUUUUAUGAGAAAGAAUUGAUUUGAGACUGUCAUUUUGCUGUUUUCAGCGAAAUUUUGUCAUGGUUAAUAUAAAAAAUUUGAUUUUUUAUCAAUUUUGUUUGAUUUUUUGGGAUAAAAAACGUUUAUGAUGACUAGUAAUGGCAUUUAGAAGAGUUUGAAUGCUGAAAGUGAAGUUAAAAUUCGAGUUUUUACAUAAAUAUUGCUUUAGAUCAGCUUAGUCCAACUUCGCGAGGAUGUCGGUGAAUUCAAGCACCUGGGCACCUUUGAUCAUCCCUAUCCCGCGACGAAGGUACUCUGGAUCCCGGACAAGAAAGGACGGUACCCGGACUUGAUCGCUACCACCGGGGAUUACCUUCGAAUCUGGGCCGUCGGAGGUCCGCACGGCGCGGUUUUUGAGUCAAUGCUUGAUAAUGUAAGUGAAAUAUGGGUUAAAACUUAGUCUGUUAGAGAUGUGGAGAAAUUUUGAGCCUUAUAGCAUGUUUUUUUUUGUUAAAAGCCUUUGAAAAUGACAUUUUUUGAUACUUUUUUGAAUUUGACCUCAUGGAUAAUGUAAUCUUUUUAAAAUUUCCCCAAUUUCAGAACCGCAGCUCUCAAUAUUGCGCCCCACUGACCUCAGCAGACUGGAAUGAAGUCGAGCCGAGCUUGAUUGCCACCUCAUCCAUCGAUACGACUUGUACAAUUUGGGAAAUUGAGGUAAUUUUUUGGGGUAUUUUUUUGUUUUUACGUAAAUUUUAUCUUGUGUUUUUUUUGCUUGCAAAUACGAUUGUCGUUCGACUUUAGACGGGAAAACCCAUCGCCGAGAGAAAACCGACCAAAGGAAAUGUGAAGACGCAACUGAUUGCACACGAUCGGGAGGUUUUCGACAUUGCAUUCUCGAAAAUCAACAGCGGAAAAGAUGUGUUUGGCUCGGUGGGAGCGGACGGCUCGGUCCGAAUGUUCGACAUCAGACAUAUGGAGUACUCGAUGAUUGUUUUCGAAGAGCCAAAUCGAAAACCGCUGCUUCGUCUGGCCUUCAAUCAGCAUGAUCACAACUACCUGGCAACUUUUGCUCAGGAUUCUCCGGAGGUACGUUAGAAGGCGAAUUUUUUGAGUGAAUUAGCAACUGUAGGUCUCUAUGUGGCUGUCGGCAGCCAUUUGAGAUAUGAAUUUGGCGAUUUUUUGAGUGAAAAUCGAGUUUUUAAGACAAAAUAGACCAAUUUUGUCAAGUGUAAUGUAAAAAUGAUAAAAAAUUACCUUCUAGGUUUAUAUAAUUGACAUACGAAUCCCGUCCAUCCCCGUUGCCACCCUCAAGAACCAUUGCGGAGCCGUGAAUGCCAUCAGUUGGGCCCCACAUUCGUCUUGUCACAUCUGCACCGUGGCCGAGGAUAAGCAAGCGCUGAUUUGGGAUGUUCACAAUAUGCCGAGACCGGUGGAAGACCCAAUUCUGGCUUAUUCGGCGGCUGGAGAGGUAAGAAUGAGCUAGGAGUUUGGUUUGGGGAAAUUGGGUGGGUUUGGGCAGAAUGCCAAAAGUCGUGGUGGGACCCAAUGACAGAUGAGAUGUGGAUGUAAAAAUGAAUGGGAAAUAGAGGAAAUGGACUGGGUAUGCAGUUAAAAGUCUUUUUUGAGUUAAUGGGGACGUUUUAUACGCUGAAAGGUGUUUUUUGGAAAAAAUUGUAACUUUUCUUUAAUUUUGGGGCUGAUAUUAAAUAAUUGAUUGUAUUUCCAGAUAAACCAAGUGGAAUGGUCCUCGUCGAUGACUGACUGGAUCUCCAUCAGCUACGGCAAAAAACUCGAGCUUCUCCGGGUAUAG